AUGCCGAAGAGGAACAACUCAUCGUCGACGCCACCAAAAGAGAAGACAUUAGCAGAAGCACGGCCGAGCUCAAGCGUCAUUCUCCUAUCUCCAGAAAAUCAGGUCUUAUUACUACACAGAGUGAAGUCGUCCUCGGCAUUUCCUUCGGCUCACGUAUUCCCGGGCGGGAAUAUCUCCGAGUUCCACGACGGAACCGUACCAGGCCCAAGCGAUCUUAAGCGGCAUGAGGACUCGCUCACAUACAGGCUAGGCGCGAUACGGGAGACCUUCGAAGAGAGUGGAAUCUUACUCGCCCGCGAAGGGGGUAAAGAUGGGAAGCCCUUAAACGUCCCGGUUACUCAACGCGACAGUGCGCGUAAAGAGAUUUACGAGAACAAAGUCUGUUUCGUCGAGUGGCUUCGGAGUGUCGGCGGGCUUGCAGAUAUUGAGAAUCUUUUGCCCUUCACUAGAUGGAUAACCCCCCUUGGACAGUCUCGGCGAUUCACCACGCAGAUGUAUCUUUACAUGCUUCCACUAUCGACCAGCAACGACCCCGCUAUAUCCGCGGCACGAUCUGAGGCUAUAAUCCCCACACCUGACGGGGGUGUUGAGAUCACUGCGGCACGUUUUGAUGAUGCCAGCACAUGGCUAAAGAAGCAGGAAACGGGCGAGAUCGUACUCUUUCCGCCUCAAUGCUUCCUACUACAUAUUAUCUCCCAGUUCUUAGUCGGACCACCCUCUGGUUCGCCAAGUGCAUCUGAAUUAGUGGAGCAUUAUCACGCGCAGAGAGAAAAGUUGAGAAGCUUUCUUACGACGGUGCCGACCACGAGUGACCCGAAAGCUGCGAAACACCCUACAGCUCAAAUUGCUUGGGCUGACAAAGUGAUUAGCCCUACAACAUUGGGUCUACGGAAAAGUGACAGGAAGUCAAUCCUAGGACUUGAUAAGCCUGGCCCGGAGCUUAAGGGCAGUAAUAGGGGAGGUGACUGGGAGAGGGUUGUGUUGACUAGAUUUGUAAAGGGGGUAGCUAAGGAGGUUGAGGUAAGAAGUAGGGAAGAAGUGCUAGAAGAAGAAAGGCAGGCGGAAAAAGAAGCGAGAGAGACGAAAUUAUGA